AAGGAUAUGGCUAACAUGCGCCGAAGGGUGACACGUCAUUAGUCUGUACCCCUUUUAAGCUUCUUUCCCCUUUCUCCCUUCCCCCCUCACACCUCUCUUUAGCAGUCAAUUUCACAAAUUAGGGUUUUCCUUUGAGCAGCUCAUUCGCUCCUUCCGAUCAUCAGCCAUGGCUGACAAAACUCAAUUUGAUAAUUCUCGCCUUAACCAGAUCUCCUCUAAAGAUGUGCAAGGACCCAAUGAUUCCAUUCCGCUUUCGCCGCAGUGGCUUCUGCCAAAGCCAGGGGAAAGUAAGGCUGGGAUAGUUACUGGGGACAACCAUCUCAAUACACAUCCCGGUUAUGCUAUUCGUUCGGAGUUAGUGAAGUUUCCAGGGAUGGCUGACGAUAUGCAUGAUUAUCAAAAGAAGAAAGAUGUUUUUAGGCCAUCUGUGCUUGAUAUGGAAUCAAGUCGACGGGAUCGCUGGCGCGAUGAAGAAAGGGACACCAAUUCUGCUGUUCGAAGGGACCGCUGGAGGGAGGGAGAUAAGGAGACUGGUGAUGGCCGCAAGGUGGAUCGCUGGUCUGACUCCUCUGGCAGACAUCAUGGAGAAGCACGGCGUGUUCCAGGUGAAAGAUGGACUGAUUCUGGAAAUAGGGAAAGCAAUCACGAUCAGCGUCGAGAGAGCAAAUGGAACACUCGCUGGGGACCUGAUGAGAAGGAAGCAGACUCUGUGCGUGAGAAAUGGAGCAACCCUAGCAAAGAUGCUGAGAUGCAUCUCGAGAAGGGGUCUCCAGGUCUUGCUUAUCAUGGAAAGGAUGAGAGAGAGGGUGACCACUAUCGGCCAUGGAAAUCUACGUCCCAUGGCCGAGGAAGGUCCGAACAUACUCAUCAGGCUCUGACACCGAACAAGCAGGUUACUACAUUUUCUCAUGGUCGGGGACGUGAUGAUGGUGCUGCUGCUACUUUUUCUUUUGGUAGGGGUCGUGCUCUCUCUGGAGGGAAUCCCAUGAAUAAGGGCUCUCCUCAUGUGCAAUCAUUUGGGGCAUUCUCGGAGAAAGCUGAAAGUGUUUCCUCUCCUAUACGAUAUAGUCGGAUAAAAAUGCUUGAUGUGUAUAGAGUGACAGAUAUGCAGUCUUACAGCAACUUUUCGGAUGAGAUUGUGCAAGUUCCUUCACUUACACAAGAUGAACCUCUGGAACCUCUCGCAUUAUGUGCACCCAGUCCCGAGGAAUUGGUUAUCUUGAAGGGAAUUGAUAAGGGGGAUGUUCUGAGUAGUGGAGCUCCGCAGAUUACUAAAGAUGGAACAUCAGGUCGAAACUCAUCUGAAUAUACGCAGCCGAGGCACAGCAAAUUAGGUAGCAGAGAAGAUUUAUCAUUUGAUGAUUCAAGAGAAGAAAGUAAUGACAAUAUCAAAGUUUCAGUAGAAGACAGUGUUCCUCAUAGAGAAAGGGAGUCUGUCAAUAGAGAUCCAAUCACACCAGGACACUCACCUGUUCCCCAUGGUGGCGGCUUAUGGCGAUCAUCCUCCAUUGGUGCACGUUCACAUUCGGUGGCUAAUGAUGCUAGAGAGAUGCCAACUGAUAUCAGGUCAAGAACAUCUGACAUUGGAUGGCUACAGAACCAGAUGGAUAAGAAUACAGAGCGGGAGAGAGAUCUUGCAGAUCCUUCUUAUGCCAAAAAUGAAGGAUCUAAAUGGCAGUUUGGAGAUGAUCCUAUUCUCAAAAGGCAAUUAUCUUCUGCCACAGACAGAGAGUUGGAGAUGAGGAAAAUUUCACAAUCAUCUCCGGAGGACCUAGUUCUAUAUUACAAAGAUCCACAAGGUGCAAUCCAAGGUCCUUUCUCAGGUAGUGAUAUUAUUGGAUGGUUUGAGGCUGGAUAUUUUGGCAUAGAUUUGCUAGUUCGAUUAGCUUCUGCACCGCAGGAUUCACCAUUUUAUCUGUUGGGGGAUGUUAUGCCCCACUUGCGUGCUAAGGCUCGGCCACCACCUGGAUUUGGAGCACCAAAGCCAAAUACAGAUGCUCCAGGGGGAUUGAAUGUGAGCAGCUUCACAAAACAUCAUGCAGGUUCAACUGAGAUUGAUAUGGUAAAGAGUGAAAUGAAUUACAAGCAUAGCUCAACAACAGAGGCUGAAAAUAGAUUUUUGGAGUCACUGAUGGCUGGCAAAGUGGGCCAUGCACCGCUUGACAAGUUUGCUCAGUCUGAAGCAGGCAUUCCAGGUUAUGGUGCAAAUAGUAUUGGUGCUGUUGCUCCAAUGGUAUCUGAAAGUGGAGAUAAUCUGUAUCUCUUGGCUAAAAAGAUGGCUCUUGAGAGACAGAGAUCUCUACCAAAGCCAUUUCCUGUUUGGCCUGGGAGAGAUGCACCAUCUGUUGUUCCAAAUGCGGAUAUUGAUCCUUUGCGUCAUUCGCAGCUGCCUUCAAUGGCUGAACAUGUUCGCCAGCAGCCCCAUAAUCAGAAUGUUGAUUUGUUGUCUCUACUUCAGGGCAUGCCAGACAGAUCAGGCAUUAGUGGUUGGUCUAAUUUCUCCGUUCAAGGGGGAUUAGAACCACCACUUCAGGAAAGAAUGGAGAUGCAUCAAGGUCAGAGUAUGGCUCCUCAAUCUGCGUUUGGAAUGCAACAACAGAGGCUACACCCACAGAGUCCACCUAUGACCAACUUACUAGGUGCCAUGGAUAUUAAUUCCAGCAUUUUGGCUGCUGAGAAGCUACUUUCAUCUGGAGUUCAAGAUCCGCAACUGUUAAAUUUAUUGCAGCAACAGUACUUGUUGCAGCUACAGUCCCAGGCAGCACAAGGACCACAGCAAAUGUCAUUGUUGGACAAAUUGUUGAUGCUCAAGCAACAGCAGCAGAAACAGGAGGAACAGCAACUACUAUUGCGCCAGCAGCAGCAGUUGCUCUCUCAAGUGCUGUCUGAUCAGCAUCCUCAUCAGCGAUUGGGUGAACAACCUUAUGGCAAGUUGCCGACUCCCGACAUAUCUGCAGGAAAUGUUUCUGUGGAUCCAACUCGUUUCCCACCUUCACAUAAUUUGUUCUCAGUGAAUUCACAAAUUCAACUUCCAGUUAUGGAAGAAGUUCAUGCCUCAAAUUUUGUCUUGCCCUCGAGCAUUUCUCAGGAUAUGAGCCAAACAGGUAGCUCUGAGACCUCUUCGUUGCACUUGCCACAUCAAUUAUAUGGAGAUUCUUCCAGUCGGAAAACUUGGGGUUCAAUGGAACAAAUUGAUGAUGUUCAACCGAAGAUCCCAAGGAUGGAAUCAGCCAUUAUUGAUGCAUCAUCACAAGCGGAAUCUACCAGCAAACAUCCCCUAGAGGAGGGCUCAGAAGACGGCGAACCUCCAGUCACCACUUCUGAGUUUGCCUCUUAUUUUCCACAUGUAGACCAAUUAGAAAAGGCCAUUAUACCACCACCACCACUAGCAGCUGUCGAUAAGGACUUGCAUCAGAAAAACAAAGUUGAAGCAUCACCAGCUGCAGCUCCUUCAGAACCAUAUGUCGAAGGAGACCAACACGAUGGGCUGUCUGUCAGUAAGGAACUCAAAAGUGUUGAAACCAGGGAAGUUAAAAAAUCGUCUGAAAAGAAGUCCAAGAAGCAAAAAUCCACCAAGGGGCAAACUUCAGACGUAGCUAAGGGAGCUUCUAAGUCACAACCAUCGAAGCCCUUACAAUCUGAUGCUGCUAUUGCUUCUGAUACACUGUCUGUUUCAAUUGACAAAGCUACAGCUGUAGGUCCAGAAAGAAGAGACAGCAAACCUGAAGUAGCUAUUGCUGAUGUUGUGGAUGAAUAUUCAGGGCAAAAAUCACCAGUUUCACAGUUCAACGCCCAAACAGAGUCUGGACAGCGAGCUUGGAAGCCUGCCCCUGGUUUCAAGCCAAAGUCGUUGUUGGAAAUUCAGGAGGAAGAGCAGAGGAGAGCUCAAGCAGAACAAGCUAUUACCGAGGUCGCCACAUCUCUCAGCUCCUUGAGUGUGUCUACUCCGUGGUCUGGGUUUGUAACUAAUUCAGAUUAUAAAUUAGUUAGAGAUACUCAGCAAGAUGCUGCUAGCACUGAUUGGAAUAUGAAUAACUCAGAUGUCUCUCUCAACCAGAAGAGUAAGAAAAGUCAACUGCAUGAUGUACUGGCUGACAACACUUUGGCCAAGUCAGGCGAAAGAGAUAGAGAUGUUCCUGAUGUGGCAUCUAGUCAACCUUCUGCAUCUGUCAACGAUGAUGACAACUUUAUCGAAGCUAAAGAAAGUAAAAAGAGCCGCAAAAGAUCUGCAAAAUCUAAGGGUGCAGGAGCAAAGGUCUCGGUGACCACUGCUGCUUCUGAGGCCUCUGUUGUAUCAAGUCCUAUUGACAAAGUCAAGAGCUCGCGUCAGGUUCAACCUGACCAGGAAGUAUUACCUGCUAUACCAUCUGGUCCGUCGCUAGGGGAUUUUGUUGUUUGGAAGGGUGAGUCUGGAAGUUCUGCUCCUAUUCCUGUUCCUGCAUGGUCCACCGACUCUGGGAAACUCUCUAAACCUACAUCCUUGAGGGACAUCCUAAAGGAACAAGGAAAGAAAGUUUCUUCUGGACAGCAGCAUAUACCAGUGCCAACACAGAAAUCUGUGCCAAAUACACCUGCCAGAGUGGGUGGCCCAUCAUGGUCUGCCACUGGUUCAUCGCCCGCCAAGGCUGCAUCUCCUAUUCAGAUUAACUCACAAGCUGGCGUUAAUUCAAAAAUUAAAGUGGAAGACGAUCUGUUUUGGGGCCCAAUAGAUCAUCCCAAGCAAGACGCAAAGCAGUCUGAAUAUCCUCAGCUUGGAAGUCAAGGCAGUUGGGGAAGCAAGACAACACCAGUGAAAGGAAAUCCUAGUGGUUCAUUGAGCAGGCAAAAGUCUGGUAGUGGUAAGCCUGCAGAGCGCUUACUAUCCUCAUCUCCUGCAUCAAGUCACUCAUCCAUGAAAGGGAAGAAGGAUGCUCUAACAAAGCAUUCAGAAGCGAUGGAUUUCAGAGAAUGGUGUGAGAAUGAAUGUGAUAGGCUCAUUGGUACAAGAGAUACCAGCUUUCUGGAUUUCUGUUUCAAGCAAUCCAAGUCAGAGGCCGAAAUGCUUCUGAUAGAGAAUCUUGGCUCUUAUGACCCUGAUCAUGAGUUCAUUGACAAGUUCCUCAACUACAAAGACUUUUUGCCUGCGGAUGUUUUUGACAUGGCCUUCCAGGGUCGGAAUGAUCGUAAAGUCACUGGUGCAAGUGCCAGAGAUAUGACUUCUAGCAGCGUUGGCUUUGACCAGGGUAACUCAAGUUUUCAAGACUCGGCCACAAAAGGAGGAAAGAAGAAGGGGAAGAAGGGGAAGAAGGUUAACCUUUCAGAGUUGGGUUUUAAUGUGGUUAGCAACCGGAUAAUGAUGGGAGAGAUUCAGACUCUGGAAGAUUAGGUAGAACGAGGAAAGGUACAUACUUUGUGUUUGAGAAUGUUUGUAAAUGCUUUAGGAUUAUCCAGUAACUGAAGCAGUACUAUUUAAUCUGCUCAAAGCCAUUUUUGUGAUACUAUUUCUGACUUUAGGUCUUCUAAAUCAGAUUCAAUCAGAAUUAAACGUAGAGCUUUUUUUUUCGCGUUUGUCCUCCACCCUCUUUGUUUUGUAAUACUGAACGUUGUAAUGCAUCCUGAGAGAGAUGCUUUAGCUGAUGUGGGUUCAUUAGUCCCCCUGCA